AUGCCUCCUAAAAAGGCGACCGCUGCCGCCACGAAAAAGCCCGCCCCGAGGGCCGCGAAGACCGCAAACAAGACCGAGGAAACUAAGCCCGCCGAGCCCAAGUCCACUAGCAAGACCGCAACCAAGCCUGUUGCUGCUCCUCGGGGCCGAGGACGCCCAAAGAAAAUGACUACCGAGGUCACAACCAAGACUACCAGCAAGACUACUAGCAAGACCACCGCUAAGAAGGGAACGACCGAACCGGCGCGCAAAACCAAGACCGUGGCUACAGCCACCGCCGCGUCGAAGAAGCGCAAGGCCGAUGAUGAGGAAGAAGAGAAGCCCCGUGAGCUUAAGAAGCCCCGUGUGAUUGCUCAACCGCGUGUUGCAAAGCCCAAGGUUGUUAAGGUCAAGGCCGUCAAGCCUAAGGUUGUCAUCAACGAAGCUCCCAAGACUCGGCUGAAUGUGUUCGUCUGUGGCGAGGGAAGCUCUGGUGAGCUUGGUUUGGGCACGGCCAAGAAUGUCAUCGACGUCAAGCGACCACGUUUGAAUCCGCUUCUCCCUGCCGACAAAGUGGGUGUUGUGCAGGUGGCUGUCGGCGGUAUGCACUGUGUUGCCCUGACCCACGACAACCAGAUCUUCACCUGGGGUGUGAAUGACCAGGGCUCGCUAGGACGCGAUACAACCUGGGACGGUGGAUACAAAGACAUGGAUGGUAACAGCGACUCGGAUUCUGAAGAUGAAGAUAGUGGCUUAAACCCCAAGGAGUCUACUCCUACCGGAAUCCCCGCGAGCGCCUUCCCCGAGGGAACCAUCUUUGUCCAAAUUGCUGCUGCCGACAGUGCCAGUUUUGCCUUGACAGAUGACGGUCAAGUUUACGGAUGGGGAACCUUCCGGAGCAACGAUGGAAUCCUCGGGUUUGAUGCAGAGAAUCGGGUGCAGAACACCCCCAUUCUACUCCCCGACUUGAAGAAGAUUAAGCAGCUCGUUUGUGGUUCUAACCACGUUCUUGCUUUGAAUGACAAGGGAGCUGUCUUCUCCUGGGGCUCUGGUCAGCAGAACCAACUCGGCCGUCGGAUUGUCGAGCGCAACAAGCUGCAUGGCCUGCAGCCACGCGAGUUUGGACUCCCCAAGAACAUUGUGCACAUCGGAAGUGGAUCCUACCACUCCUUCGCCGUUCACACUUCCGGCAAGGUUUACGCAUGGGGUUUGAACAGUUUCGGUGCCACGGCCAUUCGCGAGGGUGCUGGUGACGAUGAAGCUGCCAUUGUGCACCCUGUUGUUGUUAAGUCGCUCUCGGAGCGAAAGAUCACACAGCUUUGCGGUGGCUCCCACCACUCCCUUGCUCGCACUGCUGAUGGCGAAUGUUUGGUAUGGGGUCGUUUGGAUGGAUUCCAGAGCGGCCUGAAGGUGGACUCCCUCAGCGACGAUGCCGUUAUCAAGGAUGAGCGUGGACGUCCCCGCAUCCUUAUUGAGCCGACCGUUGUACCCGGAAUCAAUGCCAAGGUCGUCGCUGCUAACUCGGACCACUCACUCGCCAUUGAUGCCGAUGGGCGUGCUUGGUCAUGGGGCUUCUCUGCCACCUACCAGACCGGACAAGGCACUCAAGAUGAUAUUGAGGUUGCUACGAUCAUUGACAACACUGCCGUCCGUGGCAAGCAAUUGAACUGGACCGGUGCCGGUGGUCAAUUCUCCGUUUUCACUUCGCCUGCUGAUCUUUAA